CAAAUACUGCAAAGCCAGGCAGAAUACAAAAGGACAGCUGGAGGUGACGCCGUCGAUCUCUCUCUCCCUCCUCUCGCCGCCGCCCCCCCCCCCCCCCCUCUCUCUCUCUCUCUCUCUCUCGCCGUCGAUCCCCUCUCUCUCCAAGUACUAUUCUCCUUUCGCUGUCUCUGGAAUUGUUCUUCCAUGGAGUCUUCGAGUACUAAAUAGAAAAGAAAAUAGAGCACAGCGAGAGCGAGCGAGAGAGAGAGAGGGUGAUUCGUACUUACUAUAAUAAGCUGAAGAAUUUCCGAUGAGAGAGAAGAAAGGAAGAGAGCGUUUGGGUUCAGCUUCUGGGCGGUGGUUACUGAGAUCGCGGGCUCUAACGCCAUGAAAGGUCGCAAGAGAAAGGGCCUUCUACUGCUCACCUGGAACUACUUCUUUAUUUGCCUGCUUGUUCUGGUCUUCGUCUUCGGCUUCGCUUUCUCCACUACUCGGCUUCUCCUCAGUGGGGCUUUCCAUCCGCAACUGAUUUCGUCCUGGCGGAUUGCGGCAAUCGAAGCCGUCUCUAGCGAGUCUCCGGCGAUUUCUGUUAGCGAAACGGUCGUAUUUCCAGACCAGGCUCUGAUUUUCCUGAAAUACCCUCCGUCGACGCCAUUAUUUACCAAAGAUGACAUCGACUGCGUCUACCUUUCGCCCAACUCAUCCGAGUCCAAGUUCAACCUCCCCCCGGUGACCCUCGACAGCGAAUAUCUCGACCGGCCGGUCGUGCGGUGCCCACUACGGAGGCGUGGGCUCACAGUUUCAGUCGCGGUGAAACCCAACGGCCAUCUCCCGCCUGGGCCCACCCACCGUUGGGACUCUCUGGCGUAUGAAGCGAUGAUUGACCGCGACAACUCCACGAUUGUUUUCGUGAAAGGUCUGAAUCUGCGGGCCAGAAAAGCCGCCGAUCCAUCGAGGUUCGAGUGCGUUUACGGCUGGGAUUUCACCAAGCCCAAACUCUUGCUACGAUCGGAGGUGAUAUCCAUCGCCCAAGAGAUCGUACGGUGCAAAACCCCUUUGAGCAUACUAACUGUGGCUGGUUCUCAAAAUGUUACCACUCCCGUUAAAGUUUCAGUUAGACGAGUCGGUAGACCCACGUUGCGUUCAGUUGCCCGGCCCAGUCGCCGACUGGAGCCCGACCCUCUAAUCAGGAAGCAACACGAGAUGUGCGUAUGCACGAUGCUCCGGAACCAAGCCCGGUUCCUGCGCGAAUGGGUCAUGUACCACGCUCGAAUCGGGGUCCAACGCUGGUUCAUCUACGACAACAACAGCGACGAUGGCAUAACUGAUUUGAUCGACUCAUUAUCGGAUGCCAAUUUCAACAUUACCCGGCAUUUCUGGCCGUGGAUCAAGACCCAGGAAGCCGGGUUCGCCCACUGCGCAAUCCGGGCCAGGGCCUCUUGUGAAUGGGUGGGCUUCAUCGACGUCGACGAGUUCCUGCACUUCCCUUCAAACUCGUCGCUGCAUGAAAUUCUCGCCAACCAGUCCAGCAGAACCGCUGAACUGCGGGUCUGGUGCCACAGUUUCGGGCCGUCGGGUCUGAAGCGGGCGCCGGUGAAGGGGGUGACGGUGGGGUACACGUGUCGGAUGGCGGGGACGGAGAGGCACAAGAGCAUAGUGAAGCCGGAAGCGCUGAAUUCCAGCCUCAUCAACAUGGUGCACCAUUUUCACUUGGCCAGCGGGUUUGGGUUCGUAGACAUGGACAUAAAUCGGGUCGUUAUCAACCACUACAAAUACCAAGUCUGGGAAGCGUUCAAGGAGAAGUUUUACAGGAGGGUGGCCACGUACGUCUCGGACUGGCAAGAACAGGAAAACGUCGGGUCCAAGGAUCGGACCCCCGGAUUGGGAACCAGGGCUGUUGAACCGCCGGACUGGUCCAGCCGGUUCUGCGAGGUCCUGGACACCGGUCUGAGGGACUGGGUCCUGGAUCUCUUCGGUGACCCGGAAACCGGGAUUUUGCCAUGGCAGGAGCAUCUAGAAGAAGCCGAGCAAGAUCAAGUCUCCACAAUGGUGAGUGAAGAAGAGCCAAAGCAGAGUCCUCCAAACCCUAAUCACUCAUCGCCAAAAGUACCAGACGCAGCCGGAAACGGCGACAAGGUCGAUGGUAUGUUCAGUCCCAGAUUCAGGUCGGUGGCCGCAAUGGCCGGUUGGGACGAGGAGGCGCUAUUGAUCGCAAGUCUCGUUGUCGAAGACACCCCCGAUAGAGAUUCCAAGCACAAGAAACGCUCCGAUUUACAGUUCAAGAGUCCACCCACCAAUUCAAGAAGGAAGCGCAGGGCUCAGAGGAAGAGCCCAGUUUCAGCAGCCGUUCCAGUGCUUGACCUUGGCGGCGAAGAUGAAGAAUCGAGAGAAGGGAGCGAGAAGAAUAAGGUUGAAUUGAAACCCGAGGCGGAUGAAGAGAAGAAAAUAGGAAAGGGUGGCCAGGAAACUGGUGGUUCUUGCUCAAGUUCUAAUCUUCCAUGUAUGGAUCAACUAAGGCAAGAGCUUUCCUGUGCGAUUUGUCUGGAGAUUUGCUUUGAACCUAGUACCACUUCUUGUGGACACAGUUUUUGUAAGAAAUGUCUGCGCUCUGCGGCUGAAAAAUGCGGGAAACGAUGCCCAAAGUGUAGGCAGCUGAUCAGCAAUGGGAGAUCUUGCACUGUGAAUACGGUCCUUUGGAAUACCAUACAGCUUCUAUUUCCUCAAGAAGUUGAAGCAAGGAAAGUUGCUGCAGCCUCGAAUAGUCGCCAAGCUGAAAUUCAAACUCAAACAGCUCCAAGAAGAAGUCACUACAAUGCAAGAAACCAGAGCAUUCAAGCCCUAAACAGCCCAGAGUACGAGGGUCAAAGCAUUGGGAGAGGGAGUGAUUCUCACGUGAGGCUCCAAAGCGUUCGAUCUUCUGGGAUAUCUUCGAGCAGCAGUGUGAGGAGGAGGACGAGAAGCAGGGUGCCCAGCCAAGAUGAGGAUGCAGCAUUGGCUCUAAGGUUGCAAAGAGAGGAAUUCAUGGAGGCAUUUAGGGACUCCGAUGAUCAGCAUUAUAAUGGAAGCUCCAUCGCCUUGGCAAGAGCAAACUUGAGGGCCAUGGCAUCAAGGGCCAUUAAUAUCCGCCUCAGAGGCCGGCCAACAUAGACUUUCUUCUUCCCCCUUUGGUGAUUCUUAAUCUUCUGUUAUACUGUUUACAUUCAUUUAUGAAACCUUCUUACCAACAGACAGGCUGUUCAAGAUUCUUUUUGCCCUGUUUUGUUAAUUGGUUCUUUUGUUGUC